CUGUAUCGAACGCUCCCUUGCACACACUUGCACACUUGUCUGCUUGUCUUGUCUGUGCAAAGCAUUAAGCAGUGCUGAGCAGCGCAAGCCGCCAGCAGCCGCAAGGACAAUGCCAGCGGCAUACGAAGUUAAAAGCAGCUGGGCUGAUGAUGGUGAUGAGGAAACCUUACCAUCACCAACAGAGGUUUAUGAAAAUGGUUUUAAAAUAUUAACUGAAUAUAAAUUUAAUGAUGAUAAUAAAAAAAUUAAAGUUGUCCGUACAUAUAAAGUUGAAAAGCGAGUUGUAUCAAAAACAAUAGCUAUGCGUAAAAAUUGGCCAAAAUUUGGUGAUUCAGCCAAGGACAGACCAGGACCAAAUCCAGCAACAACAAUUAUUGCUGAAGAUGUUUACAUGCAAUUUAUAUCAAGCAAAGAAGAAGACAAUAAAAUUGAAGAUGAAGGUGGCUUAGAUAAAUUGAAAAAUAUUGAUAAAGCAAUUGUUAAAUGUCGUAAUUGUAAUGGCGAUCAUUGGACCUCAAAAUGUCCAUACAAAGAUACAGUACUUGCUGGUGGUAAAGUGCCAGAUGAUAAAAAACCACCAAGUGGACCUGGUGGUGUAUCAGCAACAACAACAACUGAUAGUGAUGGUAAAGUACAAGGUGGUAAAUAUGUACCACCAAGUUUACGUGAUGGUGGUAGUAAACGUGGUGAUUCAAUGUCAAUGCAACGACGUGAUGAUACAACAGCCAUUCGUAUAUCAAAUCUAUCAGAGAGCACCAUUGAAACUGACUUGGAAGAACUUGUUAAACCAUUUGGCCAUAUCCAAAAACUUUACCUUGCCAAGGAUCGUUCAACCGACAGAUGCAAAGGCUUUGCAUAUGUACAUUUCAAAUCACGUUCUGAUGCCAGCCGAGCAAUUGCUCAUCUUAAUGGUUAUGGAUAUGAUCAUUUAAUUUUAAGUGUUGACUGGUCAAAGCCUCCGACACAACAAAGCUAAAUAACUUCCAAUGAAUCCUUUGAAAUAAAAUUUGGUGAAAAGGUAAUUUUAAUUGUCUUGUGGAUCCCAUUUUUUAAAUCAAUUUUUUUUUUUUUUUUUUUUCAUAUCAUUAAAAUUAUAUUUAAAUAAACAAUUUUUUUUAUAACAUGUGCAAAUGUAGAUAUUUAUUAAGGUAAAAUAAUAAACAUUUCGUACAUAAAUUAUUAAUUCCAGGAUUAUUUAUUUUAAUUAUUUUUCUUUAUUUUUUAUAAGUACUUAAAAAUGAUAACUCUACAUAACAUCUUAAAUAAUUUUAUUCAUCAAAUUCUUACAAUUACGAUUAUUUAUUAUUAUUAUUAUUAUAAACAAUUUAAUAUCUAAGAUGAUAAAUGAGUCAGAAAAAAAUGACAAAAAUUUUUUGAUAUUAGUCAAUCAACACAUUUUCUUACAAAUAUAUUUUUUAAUGUCAUUGUCGAAUAAUGACAAACUUUUUUUUUUUUUUUUAUUGUAUAUACAAAUAUUUAAAAAAAAAAAUAUUCUUUUUCUCGUCAAAUAAAUUGCGCUUAACUUAAUAAUAUUUUUUAAAAAAAUCAAUAAUAAAAUACAACAACAGGUAUAAUUUAUUGUUUUUUUGAAAAAAAAAAAUAAAAAUAAAAUUACCA